AAAAAAAGAAGAGAGAGUUGAUUUCAAAGCCAUGGGGAAUAGUUUAAGAUGCUGUUUGGCAUGUGUUCUUCCCUGUGGAGCUCUAGAUUUGAUCCGUAUAGUCCAUUUGAACGGAUAUGUAGAAGAAAUUACGGGUCCGAUUACGGCCGGUGAGAUCUUGAAGGCCAACCCUAAUCAUGUUCUUAGCAAACCAACCUCCCAAGGUGUUUUACGUAAGAUUUUGAUCCUCUCGCCGGAAACCGAGCUCAAGAGAGGCAACAUAUACUUCUUGAUCCCGGCAUCGUCGUUGCCGGAGAAGAAAAAGAAGAAUAUGCAAAUCAAAAAGCCUUCCAACGUUAGCAACAAGAACAACAAAAACGGCGUCGCUUUGGAUUGCGACCUAGCGAACGUCAAGGUUUCGGAGAAGAAACAUUGCUCGCGGAAGGAUCGCCGGCAUAGCCGUGUCGGAUCAUGGCAGCCGCAUCUCGCGAGCAUCUCCGAAGACUAACGGCCGUGCCGGGAUCUCAUUAACAGCAAUCAUACAAUGGGGACGUGUUUUUUUUAUUAUUAUUGUAAUACGUGAGGUAUUGGUUUUGUGGAUAUGGAUUUACUUUUGAAUCCUUUUUUUCUUUUGUUUUUUGUUUUGGAUCUGUCGGCGUAUAACAAUGGCAGAUUCGGAAUUCCACAACGUGAUGCUCCAUGGUGAAAACUAUAUGACGAUGAGAGUGAAAUAUUUGUAUUAAUUGGUAUUGUAUUUACAC